UCCAACACAAAUAUAAUAUAACAAAAGAUGGCUCAAAUUGAAUCAGCAAAAAGACUUAUUAGUUUAGGAUCAGCAGGAUUGUUUGGUCUUUUCUUGAUUAAAAAUUGUUUCUUUACAGUAGAACCAGGACAUUGUGCAAUUAAGUUUAGCAAAUUCUUUGGUCUCUAAGAAGAAAAAUACAAGGAAGGAUGGCAUUUCAGAAUUCCCUAUUUUGAAACUCCAAUUGAUUACAACAUCUAAACCAGACCUAGAUAAAUCAAGGCGAGCACAGCCAACAGAGACAUGCAAAAUGUUCUUCUAACUCUUAGAGUACUUCAUAGACCAUAUAGUGAUGAACUACCCACUAUCUAUAGAACAUUAGGAAUUGAUUAUGAUGAAAAAGUUCUACCAUCAAUUGUGAAUGAAACUAUGAGAUCUGUAGUAGCUUAAUAUACAGCAUCAUAAUUAAUGAGUCAAAGAGAUUAAGUUUCAUUCAAAAUUAGGUAAGCUUUGGAUUAGAGAGCUGCCCAAUUCAAAAUUGCUAUUGAUGACGUUUCAAUCACAGAACUCACAUUCGGAAAAGAGUAUUUAGAAGCUAUUGAAGCUAAACAAGUAGCUUAAUAAGAGGCUGAAAGAGCAAAGUUCGUUGUAGAGUAAGCAAGAGAGGCCAAGAAAAGUAUUGUUAUUAAGGCUUUGGGAGAGGCAAAAUCAAUUGAGUUGGUAGGAAAAUCUGCCUUAACUAAUCCAGCAUUUUUGGAUGUUAGAAGAAUAGAGUAUGCAAGAGAAAUUUCAGCAAUUUUGGCUGAAUCCAGAAAUCAUAUUAUGUUAUCAUCAGAUAUUCUCAAAAUGGAUGCUACUGCUAAUAAAUGAGGGUUAAUCAAAAUAUUUAAUAUUCAUAUCUUAAGUUCUUACUUUUAUUACAUUUAUUUUAUCAUCAUUAAAAUAAUA